UUUAUCUUGUUGUAUGAACUGUAGAUUCGAUUCAAUUUAUUUAUUAUCAAUAUUAUUUUACUUGUCCAAGCAACAAUAAAACAUCAUCUUCCACAAAAUCAAGCAUAUAUCAAAUUAUUUCACAUAAGCGAAAUUUAUUCGUAUUUUUUACGACUUCUCGUCUUGACGGGAAUUGAUUCGUGGUUACACGGUGCACGUGGUAUUUCACCAAGGAUACAUUUUUUUAUCAUUUGUAUUCACCAACUUGUGAUAAGUGAUUGCAAAGUACAUGCAAAUAAUUACGCAUUUCAACAAUUCAUUUUGUUGUAACCUGGGAUCAGAGUACCGUCAAAACGAUUAUCGUUUACAUAAAUGUUUAGGCGUUUCACUGGAUUGGCGCGUGGCUACAAAAGUUUAAGUUACACCAUAGCGAAAGAUUACUACAUCCUGCGUAAAAUGAGCGGAGUAAAUCCUAAUACAGCUGGGAUUCCUCUGACACAAGUUUUAGACGCGUUGAAAACGUUUGCUGAUCUACCCCUCGCAGCAUCAUGGGAUAACGUGGGACUGCUCGUCGAACCUACGGAAGAAAAACUGAUCUCGCAUAUUCUUUUAACGAACGAUCUAACCGAAGAUGUGAUGCACGAAGCCUUAAAUUUAAAAACUGACAUGAUCGUUACGUAUCAUCCGUUGAUAUUCGCGCCAAUGACGUCUGUAACAACUCGAUCGUGGAAGGAGAGAAUCGUGGCCAAAUGUUUAGAAAACAAAAUAGCUGUGUAUUCACCGCACACCACUUUCGAUUCGGUAAAAGGUGGCGUAAACGAUUGGUUGGCAUCGGCAUUCAAACAUGUACUUAGCAGUAGCAAACCGAUAGAAGCGAAUGAAACCAAUAGCGAGUAUGGUUUCGGACGAUUCUGCACUUUGAAAAAGAAAAUCGCUAUCGAGCAAGCUGUGGAAUUGGUGAAAGAGCUCACCGGCUUGGAACACGUGAGAUUGGCGCGUGCUCGUCAAACAGAUGGUUUGAUCAGCACUGUUGCAAUUUGCGCUGGGUCUGGGGCAACCGUUUUGAAGGAUCAGUCCGCCGAUCUGUACCUCACGGGGGAGAUGUUGCACCACGAUGUCCUCGAUGCGGUACACAAGGGAGUCAACGUCAUAUUAACGAACCAUUCCGAUUCCGAGCGUGGUUUUCUAAAAUCGUUUGCUUGCACCUUGCAUGAUAUGCUAAACAAAUCUGUGAAAGUGAGCGUAUCCUUAAGGGACGCGGAUCCUCUGAAAACUGUUUAAUUACACGAGGAAAAGGUGAGACCAGUUACCAUUAACGAGGGAUGAAAUUUUUGGUUGUCGUAUGUGAUAAAAUUUUAUUAUUAAUAUUAUAAAUUAUUCUGUCCGGUUUACGGAUUGACCAUUUUUAUUUCAAUCCGGUAAAAGGUGAUGGGAGAAAUAUUGGGAAGUAAAUACAUAAAAGAAUUUCAGCUACAACAGAAACAGCAUUUUACACAGGUUUUGGUAUAACGAGAUCUUACACUAACUCGCAAUUAAUCUAUGAACAUGUGUAACCGUUAGAAUUUAUUCCUUUAUUUUGAUUAAUGAAAUCUUGGUUCGUCAUUCGCCCGUUUUCCAUUGCUCCAAUUGUUUUCCCAUUCACUCGUUAUUCACUCAUGGCGGUUACAAGGAAAACCAGACUUCGACGACGCUUCGUUGAAAACUUAUCUAAAUAAAAUAACAACAGUCGUUAUUCUGGUCCGAUUGGAACGAUUUCAAUUUAGGUCCACGCGUCCAAUUUUGGUAUCUCAAUGCAUCUUUUGAGCUCGACUCGUGUUUCUGCUCGUCGACAGAUAAAAAAUUAUUCGCUCGGUAGCAGCCACGGUAAAUGUAAUCUGACUUACAAGUAUUAUACAACGUAGGUAUAGUUAGUACAACUCUAACAACUCGUUUCUCGCAUUAUUAUUACGAUGCUGUGUGUGAACACCGACAACGAAAUGCGUAAUAUACGAUGAACACUUUAUAAAUUGCGUUUUGUUCUACGUCACCGUUCACGGUGUGGAAGUAUACCCUGAGCUCGGAUGCCCAAAAUUGUGGAUCGUGUCAGCCGUUUACUCUGUGCUGGGAUAGUUCAGUAUACCUUUCGUAAAUAAUUCCAUAUGAUCCUAGCAUGAACGUAGCCCAGUAUACAUUUUUCAAUUUUCUCGAAGAGACGGUUGUUUCGUUUUAGAUUUAGAUACAUAUUGGGUUGUCCGGAAAGUCCAUGUCGAUUUUUGGUAGGUGGUACAGGCCUGAAUACAUCGAAGUGGUUGA